GGGAGCUGUCUGGAGGAUGCAAAGUCGAAGCGCUGCCUGGGCAAGGUGGGCGAGGGGCUAUUCCCGGCGCCCAGGGCCCGCCGCGGUGAUGCGGAUUUUGGGCCGGUGAUAUUUUUCCAGACCCCCAAUGUUUUUGCAGCCCGUGACGGAAGGGUGGAGGAAGGAGGGAGAAUCGAUGCGCAAGAUGGAGCAGCCGCUGCCGGCGCGGCGGGGCCGGGAGCCGGGCCGGGCGCACGGGAGGUAGCGGAGCCGCAGCGCGGAGCAGAAAUACUUUGCAUCAGCCGGUCAUGGAGGGAACCAGGCAAACCAGGAUUUGUCGUCCACACAAGAUAAGUGAAUCCUCAAAGGUAUACAGGUGGGAUGACCACUCUAGUCUGGUUCUUCAGAGCCUGAAUGAGCAGAGACACCGAGGCCUCUUCUGUGACAUUGUCCUUGUGGUGGAUGAGCAGAGAGUCCCUGCCCAUCGGAACCUCCUCGCUGUUUGCAGUGACUACUUCAACUCUAUGUUCACCAUUGGUAUGCGAGAAGCCCAUCAAAAAGAGGUGGAACUUUUUGGAGCCUCCUACAUUGGUCUCAAGGCUGUAGUGGAUUUUCUUUAUGGCAGUGAGCUGUCUUUAGAUGGAGGCAACAUUGACUAUGUGCUCGAAACAGCUCAUCUGCUGCAGAUCUGGAAGGUGGUUGACUUCUGUUGUGAGUAUCUGGAGAAUGAGGUCAGCGAGGAGAACUACUUGUACCUGCAGGAGCUAGCCUCUAUUUACAACCUGAAGCGCCUUGACUCCUACAUUGACUCUUUCAUCCUGCAGAACUUCGGCACGCUGUCUUUCACCCCAGACUUCCUGCAGAACAUUUCCUUGCAGAAGCUGUGCCAGUACCUGGACAGCAGCAACGUGCAGCAGGAGUGUGAGCAUGACUUGCUGCAGGCUGCCUUGCAGUGGCUUACCCAGUACCCAGAACGGGAGAAUGAGGCAUACCAGGUUCUGGAUAACAUUCAUUUUCCCUUGAUACCCAAAAGUGAUCUCCUCCAUCGAGUCAAGCCUGCGGUCUGCUCUCUUCUUCCCAAAGAAGCAAACUGUGAGGGGUUUAUAGAGGAGGCAGUGAACUACCACAACAAUGUGACGGCUCAGCCUGUGCUGCAGAACAAGCGGACAGCCCUGCGGACCUGUGAGGAGAGGCUCCUCUUUGUGGGUGGGGAGGUUUCUGAACGGUGCCUGGAACUGAGUGAUGAUACCUGCUUCUUGGACACCAGAAAGGGGCAGUGGGUAGCAGAAACCCCUCUCCCAGCCAGGCGAAGUCACCACUGCGUUGCAGUCUUGGGAGGCUUCAUCUUCAUAGCCGGAGGCAGCUUUUCAAGGGACAAUGGAGGGGAUGCAGCUUCCAAUCUCCUAUAUAGGUAUGAUCCCCGCUGUAACCAGUGGAUAAAGGUUGCCUCCAUGAGACAGCGCCGCGUGGAUUUCUACUUGGGAGCUAUCACUGACAUGCUGGUAGCUGUUGGUGGCAGGAAUGAAAACGGGGCACUUUCUUCAGUGGAGACCUACAGUCCUCAGAAGGAUUCCUGGUCCUAUAUAGCAGGCUUGCCCAGGUUUACCUAUGGCCACGCUGGAACAGUCUACAAGGAAUUUGUGUACAUUUCAGGAGGCCAUGAUUACCAGAUUGGCCCCUACAGAAAAAACCUGCUGUGCUACGAUUACCGCACAGAUGUCUGGGAGGAGAAGAGGCCGAUGAUCACUGCCCGAGGCUGGCACAGCAUGUGCACCUUACAGGACAAUAUCUACUCCAUUGGUGGCAGUGAUGACAACAUAGAAACCAUGGCUCGUUUUGACAUUCUGAGCGUGGAGUCCUACAGCCCUCAGUGUAACCAGUGGACCAGAGUUGCUCCUCUGUUGCAAGCGAACAGUGAGUCAGGGGUUGCAGUCUGGGAAGGCAAGAUUUACAUCCUCGGAGGAUACAGCUGGGAAGAAACAGUCUUCUCCAAAACAGUUCAGGUUUAUGAUAAGGAGAAAAAUAAGUGGUACAAAGGAACCGACUUACCCAAAGCCAUUGCCGGUGUGUCUGCAUGUGUCUGUGCAUUGAAACCCAAAACAGAGGACAAAAAGAAAAAGACAAAAACAAAAAAGCAUCAAGAUCGAGGAAGAUGACUACUUCUGGAUAACCACCCUUUGAUGGUGGACUCCCAAAAGAGCCUUGUAUUUAAUCAUUUCUAUCUAAUAUUUUAUUAUUUUCUUUCUUUCUUUCUUUUUCUUUUUUUUUUCAAGUGGGGGGGAAAGCAUCUUCUGAAGCCUCAGAAAAUGUCCAGUUGAGUGUGGGUUUUGGAUUAAGCUCAUGUUUAAGGUAAAACCCACAAAAGAAACAAACCAACCCACCCUCCUACUAGAUAAGGGGUGAUAUGGCAAGAGAGGUUGUUCUGCUCUCCUGAAUGUUAAGGCUUAGUCUUUUACUUCUGUUGAUCGUGGCAUUUCCACCUACAUCCUAUCAUAUUGACUUUUUAUAGCAAGGCUGGAUGUGCAGCUGUGACAAUAAUGUCAAGGGAGAGGAGGCAGAGUAGUGUCUGGUUUGAACUUACAGAGCAGUUCAAGGGAGUUCAGAAGCAACUGCUAAGAAAAAGUGAAAUGGCUCUUUGGUGUUGUAGUUAUGAAGUUUUGUAACAUUGAAUUCCAUUUACAAUACAUUCUUGAGUUGUUGGUAUCAGAUUUCUGGAACAUGAGUGUUCAAAGAGAAUAUUGCUUAUGGUGAAUGCGGGUCAGAUCAGCUGGAAGAGCAACUAACUCCACUGUACUCCUAAAAUUAAGACCAUCUUACUGUGUGGCUGAAGAAUAGCUGGGAUUGACUUGGGCUUGGAAUGAUGGCAUUGUGAACCCUGAAAACUGGGAAAGGUGGCAUGAUUUUGCAACUCUUGUUGUGGCACUUCUCAUGUCUAAACACAGUAAGAAGUUUUUCUUGGGUUUUGAAACAUGACCCAGAGUGAGGAAAAAAAAUAAUCUGCUGAAGAACUUGAAAGAUUUUAAGAUUUGGAUGAAAACUUUGCAAUUUGCUUUGGGCUUUAAAGCAGAUGGAAUUGAUAGAGCUUGCUGCAAGAGUGGGGUUUGCUGAAUAGGGUAACAGUGGGGGGAAAUGGCAGGAGGAUCCUUCAAGUGGACUUGAGGCAAGAAGAUGUCUCUCCCUAGUCCUACCAGGCUGUAGAAGCUGCAAUCCACUUGAUUUAACUGAAGCCUCACAGUGGUCUCGGCUAGUAGCCAGUGUGAGCAGGGGGCCAUACUGCAGUAUUCUACUGUCAAAAAGCAUAUUAACCCGGGAAGAUUAAUUGGGGUUUGGUAAUCCUGAAGAACAGCAACAUAAGCUUUUUACCUGAGCUAAUAGCUCACAUGUUCCUCUCUUUUUUUUAAAGUUCAAAAUGUCUUUUCAUGCAAGUAGCCUUUUCUGAUGGAUUUGUCAGGGACUUGAAGUCAUGCAACCGAACACCUUCCCCAGCGAGACAGGUUCAAAAGGAAAAAUCCCAAAGUAUGCCCAGGACUGUGGUUGGGAUCCAGGCAGUGGGACUGAACUGAAAACGGUCUGUUAGAUCCGCUGUGUCACACUAUCCUCUGCAUACCAAGUACAGAGAUUUCCAACCCAAGUGUUAGUCCACCCUCUACAAACACAGCUGAUUCUGCUGCAGAUAUUAAAAUUCCCCGACUGUCUGGCCAGCGCUCAGGCAUUCGCCCCGCGGCGGGUUACAAACGCACCUCCGAUUCGCAAGAAGUCUCUCACCAGCAAUCUGAUACAGCCGCUUCAGUUACUGUAACAAUGCCAGGCCACAGGUUAAUGUUCCUCCUUCCCACAAGAAGAAAUUUUUAGAAAGUUUUUAAAAAAACCAACUUUUCUACUUUUUUAUAAGACAUUUUGCUAACUCGGUCUCUUGUUUGCCAUCUAUUCUAUUAUUUCCUGUAGUAGCUCCCGCUCUGUACUUGUGCCCCUGUUGUUGCCCAGGAGCUCCUCGUUUGAUGGAUCUUUGUGAGCUGAUCGGGAGAGGAUGCAGCUGUCAGGGCAGCGUUUACAUUCUCAACAUUGUCAGGCACUCAGCUAUAACUGUGACUAUUGUACAGCCUCUUCCCUGAGAGUCCAGCUCGCCAGACAUGCUAAUGACCAUGCUUUAUUUUCAGCUGGUGGUGAUCUGCUGAGUGGAUUUCAAGGGCUUUGAUUUAAAGUUUAGCUGGGGAACUGUUCAUUGUUGCUGUUGUUUCUCCCUCAGCCCUUUCACAUCUCCCUUGUUGCACCAUAACUACCAAUAUUUCAGGUUUGCCUUCCUCCCCAGCUGUUGUACAGACAGCUGAUACCCUGGUACCCACCCUUUUGUUUUCAACUGUUUACCUCAAUAAUUGGAAAACACUUAGAUACCAUUUUUGCACUUAAUUGCAUUUGAAGCUCUUGAAAGUUAAAGACCUCUUGGAACAUCUUUGUAUUGAAUGAGGUACCUCUGAAUAAAUUGCUGGAGUUCAAGGAAGUUACAGGCUUCUCCUUCAGUGCUCAGACAGGAUUUAAGAAAACUAGUUGAAAUUAAUUUUGUGAAACUCCUUGAGGUGUUUUUUUUUGGUGUUUAAGAGAGAAAAGCCUCAGGAGUUAAGUCUUUCAUUUGCAUUAAUGGAUUUAUUUUAAAGCCUUUGUACACUGCAUGAGGUAAUGGUUAUUUUUUUCUUUUUUUAUCCUAAAAAUGAAAUUUAAAAAAUUCAAAAAUCAUACCCAAACAUUUUGGUUAUGACAGACUCAUUAAUGAGCUGUCUGGGGAGUUUUAUAUCUGAAAUCCUUGUUCUGUUGACUGACAAUUACUUAACUUCUUGGGACAUUUUCCUGUGUAAGUAUGGAACAAAACUUUCAAAGACUUGCUUUGUUUCUGUUAAUGGGUUGCUUGUUAUUAUAUCCCCCCCUUCUAAUGUGUUUAUGUAUUACAUUAAUGUCUGGAAACAAUAAAUCCA